GGACGGCCCGAGGAGCAUCAGAGGAGUAUAAAAGCCUCGCUGGGGCCGAGGUCGGCCAGUGGGAGCGUCGCUGGCCGUCGCUCGAGGUGCUUACCGGCGUAGGACGCCAUGGCGCGGAGAGCUGCGCUGGCGUUGCUGCUGCUCCGGGUGCAGGUAAAGGUGACCACCGAGACCAACUUGGUUUCCAAGCAGAGCCAGGUGCCCCCUGGCCCUGAGUCCUGCGGGCCCGACGAGUACUGGUCUGCCGGCCACUGCUGCAAGCUCUGCCCUGCCGGCUCAUUUGUCGAGGAACACUGCAGGAGCCACCACACCCGUGGGAAGUGUACGCCGUGUGACAGAGGGACCUUCACGGCACACGCCAACGGCCUGGAUUCCUGCAACGUGUGUGCCACCUGCUCUGAGAAUGAAGAAAUGGUGGCGGAGUGCACUUCCACCCGAGACCGGACAUGCCAGUGCCAAACGGGCCGUUUCUACCGCCCCCCGGGGGGCUUGGAAUUCUGCAGUCGGUGCAGCACGUGUCCUAGAGGGAGCGUGGUCCUCCAGAAAUGCAACGCUACAGCAGACACGGUGUGCGGCUUGGCCGGUCCAGGCGGGAGACACCGGUGGUGUGUGAUUGGAAGCUUUCUAACUUCCCUGGUUAUUAUGAUCGUCACCUAUAUUUAUGCUCGAAAACGAGAAGAAAAAGGAUGCUUGGGUGCGUGCCAUCGUCUCGCUGUCGGAUACAGUGACGGAGGAGAGAGCAUGUUGCCUGAGAACUCAGUCCCUGGCACACCACUAAAUGGGAACCCAGAUGCAGAAUCUCCAUUUCCCACGAUGGCAGACCAUAGCCUGUGUAACGACAGCCUAGACAUCGUGUCGGGGGCCUCAACCCCCACCAGGACCCCGGAGAACCCAGUGGAUGUCUGUGGCCCGCAGCUUGUGGCAGGGGAACGAAGUCGGGCACCAGAGCAGUCACCGCAAGCUGGCCCUUCUGUGUCCCUCUGGGGCCGAGGGUCCCGCUGAGAUCCUGACAGAUCUGGAACAGUCUUAGGAUUCUGGGAUGAGAACAUUCCCACUCUUGUCAAGCACUUGCAACUCUGGGCAUGAAGCCAACCAGAGUUUGGAGGAGAGGCUUCCCAUUCGGGGAACCGGUCGGGCUUUUUUAGAAGCUCGAUUUCCUGCGUUUCUUUUCAUUUUGUUUUGCUAUCAGGGCCGACUCUGGGGCCUAUCCUGCGGGAAAUAAAGCAGGAAAAAAAAAAAAGACUGGCAACAGUUGUUAGCCUAGGUGCCAAUCUAAAAAAAAAAAGAAAAUUUUCGUUUUGCUAUAAAGUCCAAACAACUUCUAGGGCCAGUGUAAUGGGUCAGAAAUAUGCUGUUUGUGAGUGUUACUCCCUACAGAAAGGUCAUAAACGCUCUCUUAUGUGCCUCGGUUUCUCCCUCGGGCAGUCUAGCACCUCAGUGGGGCCUCAGAGCGUGAGUGACCAACCCUUAUGUGCACUUUCCUGAACCAGCCGUCAUAAAUUACUGUGAAUGAUGGUGGCGUUCCCUAUGGGGCCGCUGCACGUCGAGGGGCAUUCGAUCCUCCAGCCCUCCUGCUGAGGCCCUCAGUUGCCUGAGAACGCCUCUCAGCCUGGAGGAGCAGUGUCCCUUUUCUUCAGAGCUGAACACGUUCAGACUCUCAUUUCUUUAUCAAGCAGUUUGUUCAGACUUGAUAAACACAAUUCUUUCCAAUUUAAAGCUAAAUUAAACAGGUCAGCCUGCGCCAUUCACUCCAAAGUUCCCACUAGGCUCCCCUGGCCUAGGCAUUCCCUCAGGGUUCUCACCGAGGGUGUGUCCUGGGGCCCCUAAGACACCUAGUCUUAAGGUUUGAAACAUCUCAUAUAACCUCUUGGACCAUCAACCUGAAAUAGGGACGUCCGGGUUUCAGGAGAACGCUCCAGGGUCACCUGAAGCAGUGAUCCAGGGGGCUCAAUGGGCCCCUGUUGGUACCGAAUGCCAGUUCAGUGUAGAUUCCGGGUGUUCUCCGGUGGGUUUCUCUGAAAUCCUGCUGUGAUCACGCCAAGAAAUGUCAACGAAAAUAAUCCAUAGCCGAUGUAUAAAGGAAAAUUGGGCUGAGUUUAUUGUGAGCCAGAUCUGAGGAUUAGCUUAGCCCUGGGCCUUCCUUCUCUAAGGAAGGGCGCCCAAGAAGAGGGAGUGUACAGAGUGGUUCUGUACCGUCAAAGAGCAUCUAUCACAUAUGAUUGACAGUUACCUUUCACAAGAGUCUCGGGAUUGCCCUGUGAGCACAGCUAUUCACACAGCAGGUAGUAGGUCAGCUGUCUCGGUGGACACAGCAGGUAGCCCGACUUUUGUCUCAAUGUGGGUGGUCACUGGCUGGGCACAGCAAACAAUUUCUAGCCUAGGGAGAGAUGCUCAUCCUUAAGGAAAUGCCAAUGUGGGGGUAGUUGCACCUUUAUCUUAAGGCCAUUUGUUCUUGUCUUUGGGACACAGCAAAUGCUUAAAGCAGGCAUACAGUGCAUGCUCAACGGCCAUAUUAGGACCUUUUGGGGAAAAAAACAAUGUCAGGCUGAAGUAGGUUUAGACCAAAUGGCUUCCUCACAGACUCCAACAGAUCCUAUUGUUAGCCAUUUGUUUAUCAAUCCAAAGGAAACCAAAUCACUACCUCUGAGAGACAUCUGCUCUCCCAUGCUCAUUGCAGCGUUAUUCACAAUAGCCAAGACAUGAAGACGACCUCAGGGACCUUCAACAGACAAGAGGAUAAAGAAAAUGUGAGAGAGAGAGAGACAGACAGUGGAAUACUAUUCAGCCAUAAAAAAGGAAGUCCUGGCAUUUGCAACAACAUGGAUACACUUGGGUGCAUUAUGCUAGGUGAAA